AAAGAUGAGUUUCGAUAGUCCGUUCGUGAAGAAGGAGAACCACUGUAAAAUAUGCGAAACCACGGAAGGCCCAAUGGAAUCCAUUUUCUGCGAACCGGGCAACACCGAACUGCUGGAGAAAAUCUACCGGAGCACCCGUGUCGAGGUCACGCCGGUGUGUGGGUUGAUAUCACCGAUAUGUGCACCCUGCCACCAGCGGAUCGAUGCAUUCGAUAUGAACGCACCACCGAAAGUGGUUGAGUUUAUCAUCAAAACAGAGGAAGAACCGGAACCACUGGAAUACGAUCCUCUGAACGUGCACGAUCCGGUGGCCGUGGAUCAGGAAUCGACCGUGGACGCACUGGCACUCGGUGAUGACUAUCCGUUCUACUCAACUGUACAGAUAAAGACUGCUCACAACAACCGGAAAGGUCGCCGUUUAAGACCACGAACUCGAAGGAAACGUGAACCUAGCUCCUCGGAACCAUCUGAAUCAGACGGGGCAUCAGAAUCGGAAAAUAUUGACGAUAGUCCUACGAGGGACCAGCAUGUUACGCGGAACUCGAAACUGACCAACGUGUCAGCGUUGGCAGAGGAUGAGGAAAGUGAAGCAGCUUCCGCAAAUCCGUCGGAUGAAGAGUCUGUAUCGGUGAAGAGUAGCUCCGAGAGUCAGCAGGAGCAACGCAAGGAUAGUAAACCGAAACGUGCCAAAACGCGUAGCCGGACCUCUUCACCCCGAGGUGGACGUCGAAAAUUGGGUUCGUCUACUGGUAAGAAACUGGCCGUACCGGGUCAGUGUGAGGUCUGUGGGAAGACGGUAUCGUAUAUGCGUGAGCAUAUGCGUAUGCACCGGAUCGAACAGCAACAUCCGUGCCCGUACUGUGAUCGUACGUUCGUGCAGGCGAACAAUCUAAAGUACCACAUCCGGAAGCAUCUCGGCCAGAAACCGUACGCCUGCCAGCAGUGCGAGAAGACGUUCUACUGUGAGGCUCACCUGAAGUCGCAUAUGCGCGUGCACGGACCACAGGGCCUUUUCCAGUGUUCGCUCUGUCCGAAGAGCUUCAAUCAGGAGUGCAAUCUGAAGAAGCACCUGCGGGUGCACACGGGUGAGAAACCGUACGGGUGUGAAACGUGUGGCAAACGCUUCAAUAGUACCUCGAACCUGCGGAACCACACACGGUUGCAUGCGGACGAGCGACCGUUAACGUGCACGCACUGCAUGAAGAGCUUCGUCGAUGUGCAGCAUCUGCAGCGACACAUCCGUGUGCAUACCGGAGAACGACCAUACAUUUGUCACGUUUGCACGAAUGCCUUCUACUGCCAGUUCGGUCUGAUGGAGCAUCUGAAAACGCACAUCGAGAAGAAUACUUUGCAGCUCGAGACUGGCAUAACGAGCGGCGUGUAAAUGACGAUCUCACGGAGGGAAAGAGAGUCGAUCUGUUUUUAAUUAUGUGAUGGUUGAUAGCGGGGCCAACAGUUAGGAGCAUAGUAACCUUACUACUAAUAAAGUCCAUUUAAAAGCAAAAAACAGUUAGCAAAAAAGUUUCAGAACCGAAACAAGAACGAAUCGAACCCGUGCGAAUCGACAUUUAAGUGUAUCUUUCCCAUCUUUAUUACCACCAUUUUCGGCCUGGUUUUUUUUUUGUAUUUUAAAUACAUGAAUUAAAAAUAAGUGUUCUUCUUCUUCUUCUUUUUGAUGGUAUCUCCAGUUCCACUUGUGUUUUGUUUUGCUUUUCUUUAGUGUUUAGUGUGGAUGUGUGUUUUUAAUCAUUCGUUACCUAGUUCUGCGUGUGUUGCUGGUUUGUGUUUAAAUUUGUUUCUUUUUUACACAUUUAUUAUCCCCUCGCAUCUACUCGAGCAACACCAGGAGCUAGAAGGCGGGGAACAUCCUUUUUUUCGCUGAUUAUCUCCAAUCUCCUGGCCCUCCCGGUGGCGUGUAUACACAAUUCACCAGGUUUAUCGCUUUGCUAUUGGUUUCUUUUUUUUUGUUUUAAAAUAUAUCGCCACGCGUCUCGCUAUUCUGUUGCUAGUGUGUUUAUGUUGUUUGUAUGAUGUGUUUAUGUGUUCACAGAUUCUAAUACGAGAGAGUUGUACGUUUUUUUUUGUUGUUGUUAAGAGCUUAAAAUUCCAUUCCGUCUGCCUUUGUUUUCCACUCUACACUCGCACUGUUUAAGGUUCCUUCAACCCGUUCGAACGUUACUAUCGCAUUUUGUGAGUUCUCUUUCCGUUUGUUUAACCUUCCUAUAUGUAGUUGUAUAUGUAUAUAUGUAUAUAUAUUUCCCCCCCUCAUCUUCACAUGGUUUCUACAAAUGAUUUGUUAUACUAGAUCCAUUUAGGUAUGUAUAUAUAUACUCUGCAGUGUUAACACAAAACUUAACAGCAAGCUUAGCGCACGCGCGAGAUACAUGGAACAGAGGGGUUUAUGUUUUAAGAAAACAAUUUACAAGACGGUAACCACGGCGUGCGCCAUUCGCCAGACUCGUGUCGUGCGCCUCCAUGACUGCAAAACAAGCAUUGAACCACUCGUCUCCCACCCUGGCAUUAACAAUAAUCGGCCGGAUACCAUGUGCUCACUCUAAACCACAAGGAUGCACGGUGACAGAUAAGCCUCCAAAACAUGACCACCUGCCCCCUAAUAUUCUCCCAUCCCCUAUCACACAAACGGAGUUUACGUUCUUUCCACCACGGUCACGCCCGUCUGCACGGCACACCCCCACUCCGGGUAGCCCUCGCCUACACACUCCCAUACCGACGGAUCCGAGAUGCGAUGUGUUUGUUUUCUUUAUUUAUUACUAACGACUUUUACAUUACAAAAACAGAAACAGAAGAGACGGGAAGAGUAUGAACAAUAUUAGAAGAGAUAAUAAAACAAAAAACCAAUGCUAUUAAGUAGUGGUAAGUAGUAGUAAAUAGUAAACUUAAACGUUCUAGCCCUUUUCGCGGAAAGAAAGGAGGAGAUUGUGAGCGGAGGUGUAUCUGAGAGGGGAGAAACAAAUCAGAACAAUUGAAACUGUACAACGGAAAACGGUAGCACGACGGACACGAGAGACAAAGUGAAGAAGAAGGGAGGAGAAUAGAAAUGGAAAGUAAUGGAAACCUAGAGAAUUUACGUUCCGGGAGAUCUCGUGUCCGUUGCUCCGGUAUUCCUCACUCGCCAGCUCUCGAGCUCUCGUUCUACUAAACUUAACCACCGAUAAACGAUCUCUUACAGGCUAGCACGAAAUAAAAUAAUAAGUUUACAGUUAGAUACUUUAAUAUGUAUAUAUAUAUAGACGUAUGUAUAUCGUAUGUAUGUAUAUAAAAAAACAGAUUUUUCUCUGAAAACACAUUAAGGUAAGGUACCCAAUUUUUUUGCAUAUUUUUUGCUUUGUUUGCGCGAGCUGCAAUCCUCGCACUUCCCGCCUAAUAUCUUAACCGACGGUCUCUCGCUCAUUCACCUCUGCCUGUUGCUACUUGCUGGUUGCUUAACAACGCUGCUUUAGCUUCGCACAUAGCCUGCUUACCUUAGCUUACCUAACUUACGACACUUUUAAUGGUAGUUUCCGUUCUCACCCGUUCUCGCUCGCUAGUUCUUAUCGUGUCCUUUCAACGCCCCUCUUCUUCUUCUUCGUCUUCUUCUUCUUCUGGUCAAGUGUGAUGUUUCGUGUUGUGACAUCUUUAUCCUUUUUUUUUAAAGCUAUGCCCCAUGGUAAGCUUUACCGCCAGAUUUUGCAACGUGGCCAUGUGUUUCAGAACGUAUUCUUAUUCUUGUAUCGCACCAGCGGUGUUU